GGGGAAGGAAGGAAGGAGAAUCUUUGCUGGUUAGAGGGACACUCCAAGGGUGGCAGACGGAGGAGCCGGGCCUCCACUCUGCGGCACGAGAAGGGGGAGCGAGUCAGGAAGGAAUCCCAGGGACUAGAGGACGAGGGAGAGCAGCAUGUGCACGAGGGAAUCUGGUCUCCAGGAAGAUCCCGAGGAUCCUGGUAGAGGGAAGAGGGCCUGUGUGCUCAGAGUGGACCGAGUCCCACCGUGCCUCCUCACCCUGUGCCUGGCCCUGCAGCAUGUGCUGGUCCAGUCCUCCAUGCUGGUCCUGACUCUGGGGCUCCUGCAACAGCAGCUUUGGCUGCCGGAAGGCGACAGGCAGAGGCUGCUGGCCUCCAGCUUCUUUCACUCCAGUGUCUCCACGCUGCUGCAGGCUUGGCUGGGCACACGCUUGCCAUUGAUCCAGACGCCGUCCUUAGAGUUUAUUAUCUCUGCCCUUGUCCUGACUUCCAAGCCUUUAACAGACGUGCAUCUGAACUUGUCCACAUCGGUCUGCAUGAGCGCCUGCGAGGAGCAGCCCUCAGUAGUGACAGGCCCCCUGAGAGAGCUCCAAGGUAUGGGCCUUACAAGCGGGCUGGUCCAGCUGGCUCUGGGUGCCAGUGGACUGAGCUCUCUGGUGCUCCGUCACUGUGGACCACUGGUUCUGGCCCCGCUCUUCUGCGUGAUUGGCUUUUCCGUCCACAGGGAGGCAGCUCUGCUCUGUUCCGACCACUGGGGCAUUGCUGCUCUGGUAAUUGUGCUCAUCGUCAUCCUGUCUCAGCACUUGCGCCUCUGUUCACUCCCGGCCAUCCUGGGGGCAACACGACACCCUGUCUGCAGAAUGGUCUCAGUACUUGUGCCGCUGCUGAGCAUGUGGGCGGUGAGCACAGCACUUCAGCGCCUGGGCUACUUCCACCCUCGCCAGGCCUGCGAGCUCCUGUCCACACUGCACUUCCAGAACACUUCCAACAAAAUCUCCAGGAUCACUUUAAAUACCUCAGACAGCCUCUCUUGGAUUAACCUGAACAGCACCUCAGUCUUGCCAUGCAUUACCCGGAACACAUCCCACAGUGCAUCCUGGUUCAGCUUUCCUCUUCUAGGAACAAUGAGGCUCCCCCUGCUGUCAGCACAGGGAGUUGCAGCAGGUGUUGCGGCUGCCCUCUCAUCAUUAAUCAGCUCUUUGGGUGUCUACCUGUUAACCGCGAGGCUCCUUGGAACCUGUCCCCCGCCGCCUGCUGCAUGUAACCGUGGGCUUUGUGCUGAGGGUCUUGGCAGCAUGAGUGCCGCCCUGCUGGGGGGACCGGUCGGCCUCAGCAGCAGUGUGCCCAAUGCCUGCACGUUGGGACUCAGCCAGUGUGGAUCUCGGCGCACUGUCCAGCUGGCAGCCAUAAUGGGACUGAUCGUGGGGGUAUCCCCACAAUUAACUCAGCUGCUCACCUCGUUUCCCCUUGCCAUUCAUGGUGCGGUCCUCAGUGUGACCUACACGGUCGCCGUGGGGACAGGUGUCACCUACUUCCAGUACACACACAUGGACUCCGCUCGCAACAUUUUCAACAUUGGCUUCGCUGUUUUUAUGUCCUUGCUACUACCUCGCUGGUUCAACUUCCACAAAACCUUUGUCCUCACAGGCGUGGCCAGUCUUGAUGUGCUGUUCAUCUCCCUUCUGACCCUACCAGUGUUCAUUGUGGGUCUUUUAGCUUUCUUCCUGGACAACACCGUGUCAGGAUCACUGUCAGAAAGGGGGCUGUCUUCCAGCACGAGAAGGAAAAGGAGAUUGGAUGAUAAAACACUGGAUCAUUCACUGGAACACACUGGGAUCUAUGACCCCCCCUACCUCGUGCAGAGAGUUCUGGACCUUCCUGGAUUCCGCAUUAUCCCUUUCUCUGCCUGCAGGACACAGGCUAACAAGAAUGUGGAAAUUCCCUUGCAGGAAACCUCUGAUUUGCUGAACAGCUUUGAAGAAACCCAGAUUACUGGGGCAAUGGACACGCAUCCACAUCAUCCGGAAUUUUAGCUCUGCACUGGUAUAAAUGUCUGUGUGUGUGUGUGUGAGAGAGAGAGAUAAGUAUUUGGAGAGAAGUAAUGGUACUUUUUCUACUGAACCAACUGGAAAAACUACAAGGUGAUCAGAAUAAUUUUUUAAGAAAACAGAAAUGUUCAUAUGUGAUACUCAAACACUGAGCAUGCAGGUUUGAUGGCAACUAUGCCUCAAAGUACAAGAAGUAAGAAUAAAGAGACUUAACACUAUAAUGCAAAAAAAUAGGCUGCAUUAACAUG